UUGACAGAACGUCUACAUUCUACAACGCCAAUAUUGGAGUCAUCUCCAACUUUCUUUUUUUCGUUUAAAUCUGCUUUUAGUUGCCUGAUGAUGUAAAUAUUGUUGAGUAAGAUCGAAGUCAGUGAUUGUUGCUUCCCGUUUACUUAUAUACAAUGGGUGACAGCAGUGGUUCCGAAGAGUUCUACGAUGCCGAAGAGCUCACACCCAUUAAAGGUUCUAAGAGAUCAUCACUAUGCAGGAACACAAGCCUAACAGACAGUUCCAAAGAUAAGGAGAAGGAGAAAUCGGCUGUAAAGACUCAAUCUACACUUGUGGAGGCACCAAGUAUAGCUCCAAACAUAUCCACUGCCGAGGUUGCCCCUGCAGAUGAUGACCGGAAUACUGUUAAAAGUGUGGUGCAAGGGCGACGCCGAUUCCAAGAGCUUCGGCGCUGCAUGCAAACAGACGAGGAUGACGACACUGUUGAUGCAGCUGCUGACCACCACUCAUUCACAGAUGUUACACAGCCGUUCAAGGUGAUAGCGCACGACACAAUGAGCCUUCAGAGCAUGACGUCCCUGGGUCGCAUUGGAAGGAUCCUCAGCGGCGCGGCGGAUUCACAUUCUAACAUUCGUGAAGUUGCCCAGGCGUCUGCACCGCCGCGAGAAACUAACACGCCUGACGAACCCGUACCGGUGGACAGAACGCAAAAUGUGCUAGCGAUGGAGCCUGACGUGAUAGCCAGCACGAAGGCGAGCAGCGUGAAGCAAGCGGGCAGCGUCGUCACCGCGCCCGCCGGCCCGCUGCCGCCGCCGCGCCGCAAGAAGCCGCGCAAACUGCACGGCUCUCAAUCACUAUCGACGGCCGACGGCGACAACCUCAGCAUCUGCACCAACGACACCGAUGACUACCGCUAUGAAAGGAGGAGCAAGCUCGAUUCCUUAUCAGUCGAGCCUCCAUUGCCUAAUUCUGUAAGCCAGUGCAUGUCGCUGCCCAGCCCGGCGAGCACCAUCGAGUCCCUCACAAGAGAGUUCCAGGAUUCGCUAGAACUCUCCACUUCCAAAUAUGCACACGACAAGUCAUCAAUGAGUCACGAAUCGCGCGCGUCGUCACGCAGUAGUACAGGCACUUCGAUGAAGCAGAGACCUCCCGAAUCCACACUCAACAUUAAAGAGGCGGUCAGAGGCGACUACGUUGUGCGGCCGGCGGACGACGAACAGCGCUGUGGAUCGCGAACACACAGCGAAGGACGGUCGCAGCUCUCCACUGGGCACAGUAGCUUGGGCGGGAACACCAGACGGAGCAACUCGGAGUCCCUGGAGGGCGGGCGGCGGCGCUCCGCGGGCGACGAGCAGCUCGGCCUGGCGCUGCGCACGCACUCCACCUCGGGACAACGUCUGACAGACAUGCAGAUACUCGAGCAGGUCACCGUGCUCAACCUCGACACCGGUGAAAGAGUGCCUCUAAGCGUGGCGGAGCACAAAAUACCUCAAUGCAUCAAUCCACUGAGUCUGCACAUCAUGAGACUCACGUCAGAGUACAUAGGGCGAGCCAAUGACGACGAAAAUGUGAGCUUGGAACUGGUGCAAAAGUCGUGGCGCAAGCGUCUCUCUGUGUUCUCAAGAAAGUCUCUCACGCCUUCGGUCGAAAUGGGAAUCCUUCCUGCGGAUUCGGACUUCAGUAUUAAUAUUAGGGAAACGGACGAGGAGAGCGAGAGCGUGUGCACGGGCGGCGCCGACGAGGACGGCAAGGAGACCAAGCAGGCCGCCGACAGCAAGAAUACUAUUCGGAAGAAGACUGAAAAGGCAGCCCCAACUCCAUUAGUGAAAAGUCACUCGCAAGACAGUAUAAACACGAAAAUAGUUCCAGAAGUGAACCAAAACAGACUAAAACGCUUCCUAGGCAGCACUGUGAAAAAGACAGUAGACGCAGCGAAAUCCCUCGCGCAAGAAGUGUCGCAUGCACGGCACAAGGAGGACGUGGCCGACAUAGCGGACGACGUGCGGGGCGAGCACAACAUCAAACUGAAGGCCUCCAACUCGCACAAGGGGCCUUACGACUUCGACGGCUGCGUGCGACACGUGCAGGAGAUGGGCAGCGGGCACUCGGGCGCCGUGUGGUGCUGCAAGUUCAGCGUGUGCGGCCGUCUGCUCGCCACGGCCGGCCAGGACCGACUGCUGCGGGUGUGGGUCGCGAGGGACGCAUAUGCGGUAUUCCAGGACAUGCGCACAAAAUACAACGCAGAGCAGAAAUCCUCUCCGACCCCAUCACAAGAGUCCCUCGCGUCGCUCACCGCCCCACCACCGAGUCCCGAGGACGCACCCUUAGGCCCCUCCGCCCCAUUCCACCCGAAACCUUUCUGCACGUAUUCGGGGCAUACGUCAGACCUGCUAGACGUAUCCUGGUCUAAGAACUACUUCAUACUGUCAAGCUCGAUGGACAAAACUGUUCGGCUGUGGCACAUAUCGCGCGGGGAGUGCCUCUGCUGCUUCCAGCACAUCGACUUCGUGACCGCCAUCGUGUUCCACCCGCGCGACGACCGGUACUUCUUGUCGGGCAGUCUGGACGGGAAGCUGAGGCUGUGGAACAUUCCUGAUAAGAAGGUCGCGGUUUGGAACGAGGUCGACGGUAAAACAAAACUAAUAACUGCCGCAAACUUCUGUCAAAACGGCAAGUUUGCCGUCGUCGGCACCUACGACGGGCGCUGCAUAUUCUACACCACCGACCAGCUCAAGUACCACACGCAGAUAGACGUGCGCUCCACUAGCAAGAACUCCACCGGGAGGAAGAUCAGCGGCAUAGAACCCAUGCCCAACGACGACAAAAUCCUAGUAACCUCAAACGACAGCAGAAUAAGACUGUACGAUCUCAGAGACUUGAACCUCUCCUGCAAAUACAAGGGCUACGUGAACGUUUCGAGUCAAAUCAAAGCCUCGUUCUCACACGACGGCAAAUAC